UGAUGAUUGGCUCAACAACACACACAUUAGCUAAGCACAAGAGAGCUUUGAUGAUUCAGAAGACAAAAACAGAUCUCUCUGAUCUUCAACCAAACAACUUGGGUAGAAAAUCAAUCAAAGCCCCUAAAUUAUUCUGGAUUUGAAAAUCUCGAAGCUUUAUAAAAUCUACUUAGCUUCUUCUUCUUCUUCUUGUGAUGGACGACGAAUCCAUGGAUCUAGAAGAAUUUCACGCUUUCUCCUUUCUAAUUUCACGCUUUCUCCCCCAAUGUACCAGAGAUGUAAAUGCCGAUCUCGGUUUACUACAAUUGCUUACAUUCCCUAUACCGGACCGGACCGGUUCAGGCUUAUUAGUACUUGUAUAUUAUUAAAUUAGUAGAGAGGAACUAACUAGAGACGGAAUCGAAGAGCAGAGAGAGAGAGAGAGAGAGAGAGAGAGAUGGAGGGAGAGUUGAUGGAGGCAGAUGUAGUGGUGUCUUCGCGAUUGAGCUUUAAGAAGAUUCAAUCCUCAGAAAAGUACCCGAAAGGCCAAUCUACCCGAAGGUGGAAACACCUCAAGCAGAUUCUUCAAUCUGAGAACUGUACUCCCGACCUACCCAAUUAUGUUAACAUUGAGUCGCCUCCAUCCACUCAACCCUGCAAGCGAAUUUGCGAUGUUACUGGAUUUGAGGCACCCUAUGUUGACCCAAGAACAAAUCUCCGUUAUGCUAAUGCCCAUGUUUUCAAGACUCUCAGGUCUCUUUCUCCGGACCAAGUCCACCAGUAUCUCUCCAUCCGCAAUGCUGCUGUUGUUCUCAAGUAGCUGCAAUGACCAUCACCCAAUUCUCUCUAUUCCUUUUUUUUUUUAACCCUACAACAUUAUCCUCAUUAUGGUCUGGUUUGGUGGGAGAUAUACAUGUAGUAGUAGUGGUAGUAGUGAUCUUAUGUGAAAUACUAUAUAACUCAGACUAGUUUUGAUUUCCCUUU